AUGGGCGGCGGGGACGAGCAUGGCGCGUCGGCUCGGCUGGAGAGCAUCCUCACGGACUCAUCGGCGCCGCGGGCGGAGCGCAUGUGGGCGGCGGGGGCCAUCGAGCUCGGGAUGCUCCUGCGGCUGGCCGUGCCGGCGGUGAUCAUGUACAUGAUCAACUUCCUCAUGUCCAUGUCCACGCAGAUCUUCUCCGGCCACCUCGGCAGCCUGGAGCUCGCCGCCGCCUCCCUCGGCAACACCGGCGUCCAGAUGUUCGCCUACGGCCUUAUGCUGGGCAUGGGUAGUGCAGUGGAGACCCUUUGUGGACAAGCCUACGGUGGGCACAAGUACGACAUGCUCGGCACCUACCUACAACGCUCCGCCGUUAUCCUCUGCUGCACCGGCAUACCUCUCGCCGUGAUCUACGCCUUCUCAGAGCCACUCCUCCUCCUGCUGGGACAGUCAUCGGAGAUAGCCCGCGCCGCGUCCAUCUUCGUGUACGGCCUGAUCCCUCAGAUCUUCGCCUACGCCAUCAACUUCCCGAUCCAGAAGUUCCUGCAGGCACAGAGCAUCGUCCUGCCGAGCGCUUACAUCUCUACGGCGACGCUCGUGUUGCACCUGCUGUUGAGCUGGGUGGUCGUCUACAAGGUUGGUCUCGGGCUGCUCGGCGCCUCGCUGGUGCUUAGCCUGAGCUGGUGGAUCAUUGUCGUGGCGCAGUUCGCAUACAUCAUCAUGAGCCCGACGUGCCGGCGGACAUGGACAGGGUUCACUAUCAAGGCCUUCUCUGGGUUGCCGGAAUUUCUGAAGCUCUCCGCCGCGUCCGCUGUGAUGUUGUGCCUUGAGACAUGGUACUAUCAGGUCAUGGUGCUCAUUGCUGGCUUGCUCCCCAACCCUGAGCUUUCCCUGGAUUCCCUCUCAGUAUGCUUGACAAUCUCUGCUUGGGUGUUCAUGAUAUCAAUAGGUUUCAACGCCGCCGCAAGUGUUAGAGUGAGCAAUGAGCUUGGUGCCGGCAACCCCAAGUCUGCAUUUUUCUCGGUUUGGGUCGUGACGGUGCUCUCUGCAAUAAUCGCUGUCGUCCUUGCUGUUGUGAUCAUGUGCUUCCGCAACUACAUCAGCUACAUCUUCACAGAGGGUGAAAGAGUUUCCGACGCCGUGGCGGAUCUGUGCCCGCUGCUCGCCAUCACCAUCAUUCUCAAUGGCAUCCAACCUGUACUGUCAGAAAUAUCAGGUGUUGCUGUUGGGUGUGGGUGGCAACAAUUUGUUGCAUACGUCAACGUCGGCUGCUACUACAUCGUAGGUGUUCCCCUAGGUGUUCUUCUUGGUUUUGUCUUCAACUUUGGCGUAAAGGGCCUUUGGGGUGGCAUGAUUGGAGGAACGGCCAUGCAGACUGCCAUUCUGUUGUGGGUCACCAUUAGAACUGAUUGGAGCAAAGAGGUAGAGGAGGCCCAAAAAAGAUUGAACAAGUGGGAUGAUACAAAGAAGGAGCCCCUUCUUGUUGGCGUCACAGAUGAUAACUAA